UGGAUUGGACGUCUACUAGUGACACAUCGCAGCAUGAUUGGACGUCUAGCAUCGUCAAUGGCACUUGAAGAGUUCAAUGUAAAUUCAGACAGCAAGGGGUUAAAAAAUAUAUUUUAAAAUGGUAUUUUUAGUUUUAUUUAAUUUUAUUGAGUUUAAAAAAGUCACUUUAAUUCCAAGCUUGAUUAUGUCUUUCCAUUUUUUGUGUUUUGGAAGUGUACCUAAUGACGUGUCCACUUACCGGUUCCGCCCCCUCACGCACACACUGGCAGGCAGCCACUGGUCACGUGACCUGUCUUUUCAAGCCCUACAAGCCAGCCAAACGUCAACAGAAGGGAAAAAAAGUCCCACGCCAUCAACUCGUCCAUUCUUACCUCGCGUGAACUUUUCAUAAUUGGACAUUUUGUAGUCAAUUUUUAAUUCAAAUACGCGCCGUGACGUCACCCCGUGACUACUUCAUCGUAGCGGGGAAAAAAAGUUGUUCUUAAAAGAAGCGUCUGGAGGCUUUGGAGGAGCACGAGGACGACGUGGUGGUGGGGUUCGCUCAGUUUUGGGGGUCCACGGCGCGCGUGCACGACGUCAACAUGAGCAAGAAACUCUGCGGUACAAACUACCCGCUGAGCAUCUGCUUCAUCGUCGUCAACGAGUUCUGCGAACGUUUCUCCUACUAUGGCAUGCGAGCGGUGCUGACGUUGUACUUUUUGACAUACCUGGAUUGGGACCACGACCUUUCCACGGCCGUGUACCAUGCUUUUACCAGCCUUUGCUAUUUCACGCCCGUCCUGGGGGCCAUCAUCGCCGACUCCUGGCUGGGGAAGUUCAAGACCAUCAUCUACCUGUCAAUUGUCUACGUGCUGGGUCAUGUGAUCAAGUCGGUGGGCGCCAUUCCUACGGUUGGAAGCAACACCGUGCACAUCGGCCUGUCCAUGACGGGUCUGAUUUUGAUCGCCUUCGGAACGGGUGGAAUCAAGCCGUGCGUGGCCGCCUUUGGGGGCGACCAGUUCCAGGAACGGCAUGCGAACGAGAGGAUGAAAUUCUUCUCCAUCUUCUACAUGGCCAUCAACGGCGGCAGCCUCCUGUCCACUAUCAUCACACCCAUCCUAAGAGAGGACGUGCAGUGUUUUGGUGGCGACUGCUACGCUUUGGCCUUCGGCGUACCUGCUGCUCUCAUGACGUUGGCGUUAGCUGUAUUUGUAGCAGGCAGUGGCCUGUACCGGCGAAAUCCUCCAGAGGGCAACAUCUUGGUGGAGGUCUGCAACUGCAUCGGCUUUGCCGUUAAGAACAGGUGGAGGAGGUCCAAGUACGAGUCCAGCAGGAGACACUGGCUAGACUGGGCCGAGGACAAGUAUCCGAAACAUCUGAUCACAGAAAUCAAAAUGGUUCUGCGGGUCCUGGUGCUCUACAUUCCAUUGCCGAUGUUCUGGGCUCUCUUCGAUCAGCAGGGUUCUCGCUGGACAUUGCAGGCCACAAGAAUGGACAUGGCUUUUGGGGAAGCCUUUUCCAUCAAACCUGAUCAAAUGCAGACAUUAAAUGCACUGCUGAUUCUGGUGUUUGUACCCGUGUUCGACCUCCUCAUAUACCCGCUGGUCUCCCUCUGCAGAAUCAAAAUCACGCCGCUGAGGAAAAUGGCCACUGGGAUGGUUUUUGCAGCAUUGGCGUUUGCUGCCGCCGCCUUGGUGGAAAUUCAAGUGGUGAGAACUGUGGUGGAGGAGCCAGCGGCGGGCAAUUGUCUGCUCCAGGUGUACAACUUGGCGCCGGGUGACGUCCGUCUCCAGUUCCCCCAAGGCGGCGACCCUUUUCCAGACUCUCUCCCCUAUCUCCAGGACCCCCAGGAGUACCUGACGCUUCCACUGGGAGCGCCGAGCAUCAACAUGAGUUUGGAGGUCCACUACAAAGGCGCCGCCUCUCGCUGCAACGUCACUUUUGCCCAGCACAAGGCGUACAGUCUUAUCUUGCAUCCUACCAAUGCUGGAAUAGGCUGCAAAAUGGUAAAGGACCACAUUAUGAAAAAUGACAAAGGAGCUCCUCUUCUUAGGUUCCUUAACACUUUGUCAGAAGCGGCCAACAUCAGCGUGGGACGAGAGACGUUCCACACAAGCGCCGGUUACAGCGUCUCCCAAAACAAAACCAUCAUGCGCGGAGUGUAUAACCAAGUGAGAUGCACCAUGGCAUCAAAGACUUGCCCGGACCUGGACCUCGGUCUCCUAGACUUUGGAGCCUCAUACACUGUGAUCCUACUGGAGGAGUCUGACAAGAUAAUGGCACACAAGAUGGAGGACGUCCACGCCAACAACAUGCACAUUGCAUGGCAGAUCCCUCAGUACGUCUUAAUCACGGUGGGCGAGGUCAUGUUCUCCAUCACCGGUCUGGAGUUCUCCUAUUCGCAGGCUCCCUCCAACAUGAAGUCGGUCCUGCAGGCUGGGUGGCUUUUGACCGUCGCCUUCGGGAAUGUCAUUGUACUGAUCGUGGCAGAGGGCGCUGGGCUAGCACAGUGGAAAGAGUUCGCGCUAUUCUCUGCUCUGCUGCUGGCCGUGUGCAUUGUGUUCUCCUUCAUGGCUCACUUGUACAAGUACGUGGACCCCCUGCAGCUGGACAAGUUCCGCUCAGACGACCAAAACCGCAGCAGCAGUGACGACGAGUACGACGAUGCGCUCAACAAGAAAAAACAAGACAUUGAGCUCAACACCAGAUUUUAGCAGUUUUCACCACUUGGACAGUUGAAAUUGAGUCACGAGCGAUGACACGUGAUCAUAUUUUUGUGUGUUUUUUUUUUUUUUUGACUUGGUGCUAAUUUUUAGCAUCAAAGUGUAAUUGUUAGACAUCUUGUUUCUUUGCAUGCAGAUUACGUUGUCAUUUCUUUUUAUUAUUGUAACACUUAAUAUAACACUUGUUUAAAGCUUUUUUGUGGCAUAUUGACAAAAACGGCAUUUCUAAAUGUGUAAUUGUUUUAUGGAAGUUAUAUUCGAACUUUGUUGAUUUUUUUUUUUUUUUUUUUGCAGAAAACAAUGUGAAUUUUCAUUUGUUUUUAAGGAAUUCCAACUUUAUUCAUAUUUUGUGAAAAAAAUUUUCAUAGUUGUUUUUCCAUUGAAAAAAAAUCUGCGUAUUGAGAUUUUUUUUUUUGUUAAAAAUCAAGACUGAUUCCCAAUGUGUUUUUCCUAAAAUAAAUGUGAAUACCGGUACUCAUUUGAACAAAAUCUAUUUCC